AUGGUGUUGUUCAAGAGAAAGCCCGUACGGUACCUCCCGCAUCCGCAUCUGGAUGAUCAGGACUGCGACGUAUGGGUCAUUCCGGAGGUCAAUGAGGUCUUCACCUCCUACGAUUCAUAUCUAGAGCGCAUGGACUUUUUCAAGUCGAAGCGAUUCUCCUGCGAAGUGACUGGCCGUUCCGGUCUGACGUUCUUUGACGCUCUCCGCAGCGAACAAGCCGGGUCGCGCGAAAUCGACGAAGCAUUCCCUCAAGCUCUCCGCGAGCCCGUCUUGCGCCGUGUCCAGUUCUCGACGACAUCCCGGCUGGACAGCCUGGUGGAGGAGGUAUACAACGAAUUCAAAAACGACUUCUAUCCCGGCGAGCUGGUCACCGUCAUUCUAGACGACUCGACCAGGCUAUAUGGUAGAGUCAGGGACAAAGCGAAGUUCGCGGAAAUUAGACGGCCCGAUGGCACUGUGGCCAGAAAGGGUUUCUCUCGAUACUUCGUCCGCCUCAUUGAUCGCCCCGACGAGGAGGCUUUGGUCGACGACAACCAUAUCGCUAGAGACCGCAAGGUCUUCACCAAACAGAUGCUCCGCACAUUCAUCAAGAACACGGUGACCAGAGAGGGCUGGAAUGGGGCUCCGUGGCUCGUCAAGUCAGAGGUUGCCGAACGGUUCCGCAUUGACACCAACGUCCCUCUGCAUUUACAAUACAGCAGUAAAGUUGCAGCGAAGAAGGCGGAGAAGAAGAGCAAUGGCGCUGAGCCGGAAUCCCCAUUCGGAGUCUCGCAGCCGUCUAAAUUGCCCGAGUUGAAGCCUGCUCUGAAGAGAAAAAAGAACCAGCAUGCUCAACAACAUCAGCAACAUCAGGAACCCACAGAUAUAUAUGCACAGGGAUAUGUUCAGAAAUACCCGUCAGAUAUUGUGCCAGGCGUGGGACUCUUGCCUCGAUCCUGGGGCCAUCUGCAACCUACAUGGCCACAACCGGACGCCUCCUACUAUUAUCCGCAAUACAAUUCACGGGAGGGCCACUACUCUUCUGAGCCUGAGGCUCAGAUACCGCCGCCCAAGCAGAUGGUCCCAGAACCUCCUCCGCCACCUCCUCCAAUCAAGUAUCCUAUCGAAGAUCUAGACGUCGAGCCAGUCCGCGAUGGCACCCAUCGACCGGCACUCAAGUUCGUGGCCAAAGAACAAUGUCGGGACAAAAAGUCGAGAAACAACAUCAUCCCAGAUCUCAAAGCCGAGACUAUUGGCCUCCUUCUGGAGACGUGGAAUACUCUCAAUGUCUAUUGCCAGGUCUUGAAACUAGACUCGUUCACUUUUGACGACUUUGUCGAAGCCAUGCUUUUUUCCUCUGACGAGGUCGACUGCGAGUUAUUUGUGGAAGUCCAUUGCGCGAUCCUCAAACAGCUGGUCAAUGCCGAGAACGACGAGGAGGGAGCGAUUCAAAUUUCUCUUCCAGACCUUCCAGACUCGGACGAGGAAGAAGAUGAGGAAUCGGAAGAAGAAGAGACCAAACCACCAACACCAACACCCGAGCCCGAGUACCCGGCCAAGCGCACUCGUAGUAGUCUCAACAAAGUCCAAUUUGUUGAUGAGCAACCGAAGGAGGAAGAGGACCAGGCUGAUGUGGUCUUACACCGUGCGGCGGAAAUGUUUGGGGAGUACGGCUGGAUUGAUAGACUUCGAAAGCGAGAUCUGAGACAUGGAGGAUGGGAACUGGUGAUGGUCGGACUACUUCAUCGACUCAGCGGGAGACCUAGGUUAUCAGAGGCGUGCAACAAAAUCCUCGCCCACCUGGCUCCGCUGGACGCCGAGCCUACCAGUGAGACAGCCCAGAUACAAUACUCCACGAUGGACAUCAACCUGCGAGCAGAGGCGCUGCAAAUCAUCUGUCGACUCUUCCUGGAGACUAAAACAGUCAGGGACUUCCUGGAAGAGUCGAGCAACACCAUGACCCAGUAUCGGAAGAUCAAGAUUGAGCAUCAGCGUGCUCGGAAAGAGGCUCUGGCGAGGUUGAAGGAGCUUCAAGUGGAAAAAAGGCAAUUAGCACCGGAGCCCGAGAAGUCUCCGUCUCCUAUGCCGGAACUUGAAGAGGCGAUGGAAGCCGAGAAGGCUGCCGAAGACCACGACGUGUCCAUUCCGGAUUCGGAGGACGAAGAACAUAGCAUGUUGACACGCUCUCUGCGUCGUGGCAGUGACCGAGCCGCGGAGCGCAAGCGGAAACGAGAGGAAGAACAAGAGAGAAAAGAAAAAGCGGCCGAAGCGAAGCAGAACAAAGGCAGCAAGGAAUACCAGAAGGUACUGAGGCUGAUUGAAAAGGAGCGCGACAAGAUCGAAGCGGCAGAAGAGCAGAUCAUGAUCGUCGACAAUGACCUGCGCGAGGCAGAUUGCCCACGAACGCGUGUCCUUGGGAAAGACCGGUUCUGCAAUCGAUAUUGGUGGUUCGAACGGAAUGCCAUGCCAUAUGGAGGACUGCCAGAGAGUUCGACAGCCGACGCCGAGUACGCCAAUGGCCGGAUCUGGGUUCAGGGACCCGACGACAUGGAGCGUGAAGGAUUCAUUGAAGUCAAUGAGGCGGACAAACAGGCCUACUAUCGACGGUUCCAAAUGACGCCGGAAGAGCGCAAGAAGCUGGAGGAAGGUCCGACAGCCUUGCAGUCUGCGAAUCAGUGGGGGUUCUACGAGACCGCCGAAGAACUCGACAUGCUGAUCGGCUGGCUCGACGCGCGAGGGUCGAGAGAGUUGAAACUCAAGAAAGAACUCAACCUGCAGAGGGACGUCAUCAUCAAACAAAUGGAGAAGCGGGCGGCCUAUCUCGUGCCGAGAGAGAAGUCCGAAGAGCCGUCUACAAGAAUGUCGACGCGAACGAAAACGCAUGUCAGCGAAAGGACUCAUCGAUGUCUGCGCUGGCGGAAUACCAUGGCGGUCAAGGAGCUGGGCCAUCGACAUAUCGAUCCUCCUCUCAAACCUCGGGGAAGGGGUAAGAAGAACGUCGCUCAUGACGACACGUUCUCUCGCAAGAAUGCCUCGCCGGCCCCGGCAGUGCUGAAUCGUCAGGGCAAACCGGCCACGCGACAAGGGACGAGAUACAAUUUCUGA